AGAGAGGAAUCGAAAACACUUACUAUAUAUCAUCAUUUUCUAAAACAAGUCGUAAAAAUGAACAAGCUGGGGUUUGCGCACAAGGAGAAAGUUCAGCAAUUUAUGUCUGUUACUGGGUCAAGUGAGAAAGACGCUAUGAAGACUAUGAAGACCAAUGAUUGGCAUCUUGAAGGAGCAUUAGAAGCAUACUACAGCCAGGCACAUGUUAAGGCAGCUACAGAGAAAAACCGAUGGGAGAUGCUUUUCAAUAAAUACAAAGACCCGAAUGUUGACAUGAUUAUGGCUAAUGGAAUUAGCAACCUCUGCAAUGAUCUUCAGGUUGAUCCUCAGGAUAUAGUUAUGUUGGUACUUUCAUGGCAUUUGAGAGCUGAGACCAUUUGUCAAUUCUCCAAGCAGGAGUUCAUUGAUGGAGUACAGUCUCUUGAAAUAGAUUCAGUGGAGAAAUUCAAGAAAAAAAUCCCAUUUUUGCGAUCUCAGCUGAAAGAUGAAGAUACUUUCCGUGAAAUUUACAACUUUACUUUUGAUUGGGCAAAGGAGAAGGGUCAGAAAGCUUUGGCCUUGGAAACAGCACUUGCGUUGUGGCAGUUGCUGUUUGCAGAAUUGCAAUGGCCAUUGAUUGAUCAAUGGUGUCAGUUUAUCCAGGAACGGCAUAACAAGGCUAUCUCGCGUGAUGUUUGGUUACAGCUACUGGAAUUUGCAAAGACUGUGGAUGCUACAUUAUCAAACUAUGAUGCUGAAGGAGCUUGGCCUUGCCUUCUUGAUGAAUUUGUUGAAUACUCGAUCGAAAAUGGUACUUGUGCUAAAAAGUCAGAUGAGUGAUUUGGA